UCUCAAGCACAGUAAAAAAAAAAAUAAGGCUAAAUAUACGAAGUAAACAAUUGUUAUGUAAAUGUCACCGAAUAACGUAAUAUUAAAAUAAUAACAAUUAAUUGAAUAUGAGGAUAUCCCGAACUAAAUUUGCGAGCAGCCCAUUCAGUGUCAGAUUACUUAUUGAACAGCCGUAGCGUCGGCAUUGAUUGUCUUUCUUCCUCUAUAACCUUCGUAUUUAGCUUUAUACACACACAUUAACACGUAAGAUUCACUUGGCUUGUGUUGUUGUCGUCGUCGUGUGACGUCAGGCCGAGUGACAGAUGCCCACGCUGCCUUGUUUGAAAUGUACGAAGUGUAUUCGAGAAUAGAACCAUGAAAUAACUGCUGGCCCAUUCAUGAGAUGCUACCGGAAAAGCGCGUUUCUAGUGAUCUCUCGCUGUAUCCUGACAAUACAGCUGACUUGGUUCAGUGACCGCGACUGCGACUGCAGAAUUGCGUUCGCUAUCCGCUGGGAGAUAAUAAGCAUCCUGUAUUUCCUUUGUCAUGCGUGGUGCAGAAUUAUGCCUGGGGAAAGGUGGGUCUGGAGAGUGAAGUAGCCAAGCUUCUUGUUAGUGGACAUUCAUCAACUGUGAUUGAAGAGGGAAAACCUUAUGCAGAGUUGUGGAUGGGUGCUCAUCCCAAAGGUGAUGCACUUAUCAAGGACAACAGAAUUUCUCAGAAGUCCCUUGGGCAGUGGAUCACUGAUCAUCCUAGUCAGCUUGGAAUAAAAGUGAAGGAUACCUUUCAUGGCCAGCUUCCUUUUCUGUUUAAGGUGUUAUCUGUCAAAAUUGCUCUUUCUAUUCAGGCUCAUCCAGAUAAAGAACUUGCAGGAAAGCUUCAUUCUCGAUAUCCAGAACACUAUCCUGAUAGUAAUCACAAACCUGAAAUGGCAAUUGCCUUGACACCAUUUGAUGGGCUCUGUGGCUUUCGACCUGUAAAUGAAAUCAUAGGAUUCUUUAAAAGUGUUCCAGAAUUUCGUGCUGUAGUUGGAAAUGAGGCCACGGAUGAACUUCAAAGCUGUGUCACUGAUUCUGUAAGGGUGCCACAGGCUCUAAAAAAGUGUUUCACGUCAAUGAUGAAUUGUGAAAAAAAGGUGUUUGUAGAGCAGUUAAAUAUUCUGGUCAAAAGAGUAUCAGAGGAAGCAGCUGCAGGCCGUGACACAAGCAGAAGCAAUGGAGAUUUGUUGUUACAACUACAUUCUCAGUUUCCUGGUGACAUUGGCUGUUUCUCCAUUUAUUUUUUGAACUUUGUGCAUCUGGAGCCUGGAGAAGCAAUGUUUUUAGGUGCUAAUGAGCCUCAUGCCUAUUUAUAUGGAGACUGCAUUGAAUGCAUGGCAUGCUCUGACAACACUGUGAGAGCUGGUUUGACUCCAAAAUAUAUUGACGUAAACACACUGUGUGAGAUGCUGAACUACAGCCCAUCACCUGCACAAUCUAAAAUUUUUCCAGCGGUCCAAGACCCUUCUGAUGCCUGUGUCUUCAUUUAUGACCCUCCUGUGCCUGACUUCACCAUUAUGAGAAUACAGGUGCCUGCAUCGAUGAAGAAGUACAACGUAUCUCAAAUUGACUCUGCCAGCAUCCUCCUUGUGGUGCAGGGUGAGGCUGUGGUGGUCUCUUCGCCCAACAUGGAGCUGGUGAUAAAGCGAGGAUCCGUGCUUUUCAUCUCUGCCAAUGAACAACUGUCACUGCACAUCACAUCUGAUAAAAACAUGCUGCUCUUUAGGGCAUGUUGUAUCUUGUAGCACCUUAAGAGUUCUUUUUAAUGCACACCAUUUAGCGUAGGGUUAUUUUGAAUCAGCAAUACACGUGAAGAAAUAAAUAAUUUAAAGCUUAUUUAAGGAUUGUACAGAUACUCUGUUUACAGUUUUAAUUCUGUCUUUACAUCAAUAAUAUGAAUGCAGAAAUGUAUCAGUGGUGGAUUACUAGUAAUUUAAUGAAAAAGGGAUGCACUUAUUUGUAAUUUUCACAUGCAUGACAAGUAAUUUGAAGCAGUUUAGAUAUAGAAUACCAUUUAAUUUAUCUGUUUUAAGAGCGUUCACAUUAAAGUUGUGUUUAGACAGCAUGCCUCGUCUCCAUGGUCGCGGACUCGUAUCUUGGUCCAGACAUUAUCUGUGUGGGUUUGUUUACCCGGGUAGUCUAGUUUAUUCCCACGUCCCAAAAACAUGCCGUGUAAGUUGACUUGUCACUCAAAGUUAGCCUUCUGUGAGCGUCUUCUGGCAAAUUGACCGUGUGUGGCUUGUGAGGCACGGGUGCCCCAUUCAGGUGUGGUUCUUGUCUUGGCGAGUGCCCGCAUAUGCUAUGGCUUUUAAUAAUCCUAAAUUGGAAUAAGAUGGUUUUGAAAGGGAGUGAAUCAAUACAGGUUGAUUGUAAUUAAGUGUAAAUCGCAGGCAGCAGUAGAAAAAUGGAACAAAGAAAUAUUGGGAGAUCGUAGAUAUUAGCUAAACAAAUGAGCUUGACGGACAGAAUGGUUACCUCUCAUUUGUCUGCUCUCUCAUGCUCUUAUGGUCUGAAGAGUUCAAAACCUACAUGGUAGGUCUUUUUUGUCAAGAAGGAAUCAGUGUUUUUCUUUUGUUCAAUAAAGAAUGUGACUGUUUAUGUA